UUAUACGCAAUAAUUCAGUUCUAAUGAGUGUGUUAAGAAAUAUACCAGUAAAUACUGUAACCUAACAUUCACGUGCUGGAAAUUCGAUGCUGAAUCUAUUGGCGCGAUUUGAUCACGUGACCUGUUUUGACGCUAAAAAUGAGCGUCGAGCGUCGGCAUGAAAAAGCACCUUUACUAUGUCUAUGGUGAUGGGGGACAGCGUGAUGGACGCACACAACUGCAUCGCCUCCGUCAUCCCCAUUCCCCACCACGUACAUGCUACCGCAUGCUGCGAGUUUCCGGCAUCACUGUUUCUAUGACAGUUGCACGGUUUGGUUUAGCACAACAAAGCGUGUGGAGUAUCAAGUAGCGUUCGCUUUACUCAACACGACUCAACGGUACUCCAAUCACUUUGUCAUCAUAACUUCCGAUAACUUCACAGUAAUUGUACAUUCAUUCAUUGUGCGCCCGAUAUGUCGCCCGUCGACGGUUCCCCGAGUGGAAAUAUGGGCGGAUUCGAGCUGAUAUGCACGUUCAACGCAAACUCGAAGGCAAACGCGAUUCCGUUCCAUAUGUACAAAUCGACGAAUACCGGGAUCACGAUUUGCAUCGCGAAGGUCGACGGUCCGGUUGUCAGCGGCUACUUCAACAUCGUUACUGAAGCGCAUGACGACGAUGGCCUUCCUCAUACACUGGAGCAUCUUAUCUUCUUGGGCAGUGAGGAUUAUCCCUACAAAGGUGUCUUGGACCUCUGGGCAAACCGGUGCCUCGCAUCUGGCACCAAUGCUGGAACGUAUGUGGACCGUACGUGCUACACCAUGUCAACAGCUGGUAGUGAAGGAUUUUUGUCCCUGAUGCCGAUAUACCUUGAGCAUAUUCUCUAUCCCACUCUACUGGACUCGGCGUUUAUUACGGAAGUGCAUCACAUCACUGGUGACGGCAAGGAUGCAGGUGUAGUUUACUGCGAAAUGCAGGAUAAAGAUAAUACGGGUGAAUGUAGGACGUACAAUGAAUUUGUGAAGGCGAUGUAUCCCGGCAUAUGUGGAUAUAAAUCGAAUACCGGAGGUGCACUGAUAAAUUUGCGGAACAGUACCAGCAACAAGAAAGUGCGGCAGUAUCAUAAGCAAUUUUAUAGACCGGAAAAUUUGACUCUGUUAAUAGCGGGGCAAGUGAAGCACGCCGAUGUUUUCCGCGCGUUGCUGCCUUUGGAACAGAAGAUAAUGUCGAAGGGAAGCAGAAGUGCGUUCCAGAGGCCCUGGCAAAGAGCGGUGCCACCGCUCGAGCGAAGCCUAGACCUGGAUGUCUAUUACCCGUGCGAUGAGGAGGACAACGGUAUGGUGUGCGUCGGUUGGCGGGGACCGUCGAUAGUGAACGAGAUAUACGAUUAUCUCGGUUGCACCCUGCUCAUGCAGUACUUCACCAGCACGUGCAUCAGCCCUUUGCAAAAGAAAUUCGUCGAGACGGACGAUCCGUACGCCAGCAACGUGGACGCCAUGACGUUAGCUUACUCGACAACCGCCUUGUUAUUCUGGUUCGAGAAUGUGCCGAAGAAUAAGAUCCCGCUUAUCGAGGGGCUGCUGGUGAAGGUACUCAAAGACACGUGCAACGCCGUCGACAGCGCUAUAGACAUGAAGCGAAUGAGGACCGUGGUUCACAAAAGUAUCCUCUGGGAUUUGGACGCCUUCGACAACAAUCCACACGACACGGUCGAGGAUAUACUCUUCAAGCACGUGUUGUACGGAGACACGAAGGAAGAUCUCGAGCGAAGAUUGGACGUUAUACGCGAUCGGCAGAAGUUAGAAAAUGAGCCUGAAGCCUAUUGGUUGAGUCUUCUGAAGAAAUAUUUUAUUGGUAAGCCGAUGGUGACUGUGAAGGGCGUACCCAGCAUAGAGAAGAAACGUACGUCGACGCAGGAGGAAGAGACGCGAAUAGCCAAGCAGAUAGAGCAGCUUGGCACGAACGGCUUGACGCACAAGGAAGUCGAGUUAAAGCACGCUAUCGAGGAGAAUGAGAGGCCUAUACCAGACAAUCUGUUGACAAAUGUAGCUAUACCUAGCACGGAUUCCAUCAACUUCCAUCACAUCAAAGGCUACUCUACGGAAACGUCGGAGCAGCAUCCGAGGUUCGACGUUACGAAGCUGCCGUUGUUCACCUACUUAGAUCACGUUAAUACAAAUUUCGUCUAUCUGUACGUUAUCAUGGACACGUCCGCUCUCAGUAGAGAAUACAGGAAGUACGUGCCAUUAUUGCUGGAAGUUAUUACCGAGUGCGGGCCGUUGAGAAGGAACGACCGCCUAAUUCCUUACGAGGAAGUGGUGGCCGAACUGGAAGCGGACACCGUGUCGGUUUCCACUAAAAUCGGGAUCGGUGGUAGCAGAUACUCGUGCGGAAUAUACGAGAACAACGUUAUCCUGAUGCUUCAACUGGAAUUGGAAAAAUAUGACAAGGGUAUACAGUGGAUCAAGGAGCUUUUAUACGACACCGAGUUGACCAUUGAAAAAUUGAAGGUGGUAGCGACGAAGAUGAUAAACGAUGUCGCUCAACUGAAGCGAAGAGGAUACGAUGUUAAAAGACACAUGAUAAACGGACUAAUGUAUAAUAAAGACAGUAAUACCUUCGCGUCCGGCAUGCUGCGACAGCAAAAGUUCCUCACCGAGCUCAUGGAACGUCUGAGCGACGAUGCGGGCCAGAGGGAAGUUAUGGCGGAAAUCACGUCGGUCAGGAAGACCCUGACGCGGCUGAAGAACAUGGUUCUGUUCAUCGCUACCAACGUUGAAAAAUUAGCGGCGCAGGUCCCGGACGUCUACGCUCCGUGGAACAUACACUUCUCCGACGUAGCAACGGGCAAGGCCAAUCUCAACAGCACGCCCGACUGGGCGCUGACGAAUUCCUUCGAGGAUAUACCUAUCAACGGUUGCAUCACGGGAGUAGGGUGCAUAGAAAGCUCGUUUCUCAGCCAGGUCUGUCCGUGCAUAAACGACUAUCAGCACCCGGAUUUGCCGGCUCUGAAGGUCUGCUUGAAGUACUUGACUCAAGCGGAGGGUCCUAUGUGGAGAUUGAUUCGAGGACUGGGACUCUCGUACGGAUACGGCCUCGCCGUGGCACCGAAUGAAGGACUGCUGUAUCUCACGCUAGAUACUGCCACAAACAUGGCAGCUGCGUACAAGGAGGCGAAGUCAAUAGUGGAAUCCCAUCUCGCCGGUGACAAGUGGGACCGAUUGCUUUACGAAUCAGCUAAAUCGUCCUUGAUCUACAAUAUCAUCGAGCAGGAGCAGACCGUGUACAACGCGCUGGUACAAUCGUUAAGAUUCUACAUCGGGAACGUACCGCAAGAUUAUAAUCGUCAGAUGGUACGACGCAUUUCCGCUGUCACCAUGGAGGAUAUGACCCGCGUAGCGACUCUGUAUCUCAAGCCGCUGUUCGAUCCGAAGAAAUGUAAAACCGCCGUCGUGUGUCAUCCUUCAAAGAUCGCGGAGUUGGACGAAACCUUCAAACAAAUGAAUCAAAAUCUUAAGCUGUACAAUUGCCUUGAAGAAACAUACUUGAGCGAGUGGUAAAACAUAGAAGAUAUAUUUAUCUAUUGAAUAAAAUAUCGAAGAAGAGAUUCGUAUUUUAUAAUCUUUUUCGGAAGGAUUAUACCAGUUGAAUUAAUCAUGGAGCUAAAAGCAAGCUUAAAAUGUGUUAACAAGUUUGCAAUGCACUAUAUUACGUCCGGUAUUUAUUGUUAUAACGAUGUUUGGCAUUUUCGCUUUGGCAUACAGGCAACGAAACACUCUAACCAGUAAGCAUUUACACAAAUAAUUUGAAUUGCAUGCCUAAUCGAAGGUUGAAUUAUUUAUUUCAUGGAAAACUAGAUUUUUAUCAUUUGUAACAUUGUAAUUUCUGUAAGGAGACAGCCCUUGAAGAAAGGGUUUACUUCUCCCGUCGCAAACUAGAAACAUGCUAAGAAACUUUUACAAUUUCUACUUUUAAGAUCGACAAGGCUAUUGCUUAAAAAGCAUGCAAAUAUCUUCAAAGACUUGCAACUUGAACAUAGAGAUAUUAACUGCAUCCAGAGAUUUUCUGGACUCGUACAAUCACGAAGAAUCUGACAAAUGUUUAUAUUUAUUUUAUACGAUUAAUUACAACUUUUCGAUACUUUGACAGAAUUUUUAUAGGAUUUCGAAGGACAAUUUGAACAUUACACAACGUUAAUUAAUAUGUUCCUGUUAACAUAAAAAUCAAAUUAUUUCUUUGAAAAUGUAUCCACGAACAGAUAUAGAUGUAGUUUUCCACGUAGGUCAGUACUUGAUUAAUUAUGCAUUAUUACUUGUGAUCUGUACUCUUACAUUGCUUUUAAAAAAUAAAUUUAUCUUCUAUC